AUGUCCCUAGUCGACAGUACUGCAGUGUUCGAAGCCAGAGCAGCGAGCAUUGGUGUUCCUGACGAUGUGGUGGCUGCGAUGGCAUUGAAAGGUUGGGUCAGUCAUGGAACCUACGCAUUUGCUGUUGCGACUCAACCGGGUGCCGACGAGCAGGCUUUUCUGGAUGGGGUCAUAAUCCCAUUGCUGGGUGGGGCGGACCACAUUGCUGCACCCAAGCUGCGCAGACUCUUUUUCGAGUCACACACAUUGACAUCAGCAGAACUUCGUCGCCAAGUUGAUGCCACAGAGCAAGAAGCUCCCAGGAAGUUGCCUGCACCAGAGAUCUCUCAGCGUAUGGAGCUGCUUCAGGCUCGAAUCAGGCCAUUGAUUGUGGCUAACUUCAUGGAGCCGUCACAUCAUCUGAUCAACUCAUUGGUGCAAUGUGUGGAGGAUGGCAGGGUCAGGUACAUUGAGUGGUCGCGUUGCACUUCUCGAACCCAGGAAGUCAAUAACAUCAAAGAAGAUGGUGACCUGAAGAUUUGGAAAACUGACAGCACAGGAACUAUCAAGGCCACUACAAAGGAACCAUCUAUUGUGGCUUCAUUGAACACGGAGUUGGACGUCCACAACGCUCUGAGACAUCGAGGGGUUGCCUACGAGAUUGCACAGGCAAUGACGUUUGAGGUGCACGAGGCCAUCAUCAACUAUUUUUUCUUUGAGCUCAAGAAGGAUCCUAUGGAGGGAUUUGGACAGGUGACCCUUCAACAAGUUGCUGCAGCAGAUAGGGAAUUGCAUGUGAGAUUAGCAGAGGCUACGAGAGGAGGCUUCAAGACUGGGCCUGCUGGUGAACUUCCGUUGGACAUCCAUGUGAAACGGAUUUUGGAUGGACCUGAGCUCAAAUGGAUGCUCAUGCCAUUGCCAAAAAGAGCUGCAGGAAAGCCCACAACAGACGGUCCAUCCAAGCCCUCGAACGAUGCGGAAUCGAAACGGAACAAAGCAGAGCCGAAUAAGACAAAGCAGGAUUCGUUGAAGCUAAAGCGGCUGAAACGAACACCCAUGCCCAAGAAGUUGGCUUGCAUAAAGGAAGAAGUUCAACCUGUGGCUGCAUCACGAAAGCGUGGCACAGCCGCUAUCAAAGUGGACGACAGUCGUCCCAGUGAACCGGUGGCAAAGCGAAAGCGCUUGGUCACGGGCGUAGCCAAGCUCAAAGUCCAGGCUGCAAACCGCUUAUAUUCGUUUGCAAGAAGGGUCAUUGAUUUGUGCGUGGCCAUGGACAUCCCUGUCAUUUGCGAGAACCCACGCCGGUCUUUGAUGUGGAACACCGAUUAUUUCAGCUUGCAGCCGCGUGGAGGUCGUGCACCACUUUUGUUGGGUGACUUCAAGUUCAAGAUUGACGUGACCUCCGAGGUUGUACAGUUCAGAGCAAAGCAACUCAAGAAGUACAUGUCACGAGCAGCUCAAUUGAGCGAGCAAGAAUUUCAGUUCAAGGAGACGCUAGAUGUGGACGUAAGACGCGUUUUGGAAGGGAAGAGACUUUUACUUUUUAAGGAGAUGGCCGCUGACGCCAAGGUGGGUGAUGAGACUCUUUUUCAGGAGUUAACGGAAGGGUUCAGGUUGACUGGUGAGAUGCCCCAGUCAAAACAAUUUCCUGCGAAGUUGAAACCUGCGAUGAUCUCAGUUCAACAACUCAGAGAGUCUUCAGUUUGGGCAAAGAAGAUGAUCCACUCCUCUUGCCGUAGGGUCGGUUCAGAUCCUGAGAUUGCGAAGGCUGUGUUUGAAGAGACGCAACAGCAACUGAAGGGACGCAAACAGUUGAUUUGUCAAGCUGAGCUCUUCCCAGUGAUCAUCGCGAAGAAUACUUGGAAAGGACGCGAGCGUAAAGGUAGAGGUGAGCUUUGGUUUGAUAAGCUGCGUCUCACUUUAGUGAUGAGCCUUUAUAAAACCUUGCUCACAGGUGGUGAGCCACCGUCCUCUUCCUUGCGCGUGCUGCGUCCUUUCCUCCGCGUUCGCGUUUCGAAGUUUCUGGAAGAUUGA